AUGUGUUGGCUAAAGAAGAAAGAGGGAGACAAAAAAGGGGAAAAAGCAGCAGAGUGUGAUAGGAAGGAGGGAAGGAGCGAGGAAAAAGAAUUCAAAAAGGAGAUAGAGCAAAAAAAGGGAAGUGGGAAAGAAGUAGACAAAAGGGAAAGUGAACGGGAAAAAAAUCACACGGAACCUGAAAAAAACCAAACGGAACCUGAAGAAAAGGAAAAGAGUGAAAAGGAGAAAAGUGAACCGGAAAAAAAGGAUGGAGACCAGGAAAACGAGGAUAAACCCCAACCGAAAAAGAAACUGAUUAUUAGAGCGCCGAAGGCGAUAAAGAAAGCGGAUGCUACCGACCCACAAUAUCAGACACUUGCCGGCUUAAAUGACGAGGAUCUGUUUGGCAAGGAAGAUGAACCUAAGCCUAAAAAGAAACUGAUUAUUAAGGCACCAAUCGGUUUCAAAAAAGCAGAUGCUGAAGAUCCGCAGUAUCAGGCAAAGCUUUAUAUCUCUUUCAGCCAGAACAAAAGAAAAAUAAAUGAUCAAAUCAAAAUAAAUUAA